GCCAUUUUGUGAAGUGCAGAGAGCGGGAGCGGCAGGUCUCAGCGCGGACAGAACCAGCGGCCCAAACGGAACCAGAAUUCUCCCAGCUCCCCCCGCUUCGGUCACCGAACUGCUCCACCGUGGAUUUCAUCGAUAACCUACCCGAACAAGAGUGUGCAGCCAUGGAGAUGGAAUAUAUCAGGGUUGCGGAGGAUGAGAAUGAAGAGCCAAUGGAAAUACCAUCGGAAGAUGAUGGAACUGUCCUCCUUUCCACAGUUACUGCCCAGUUUCCUGGGGCCUGUGGUCUGAGGUACAGAAACCCAGUGAAUCAGUGUAUGCGUGGUGUUCGGCUAGUGGAAGGCAUCCUUCAUGCCCCUGAGAGUGGCUGGGGCAACCUAAUAUAUGUUGUCAAUUAUCCUAAAGAUAACAAGAGAAAAAUGGACGAAGCAGAUGCAUCUUCUGCUGUGAAGAUCAAACGUGCGGUUACAAAAACAUCAGAUUUAAUUGUUUUGGGAUUGCCAUGGAAAACUACAGAACAGGAUCUGAAAGACUAUUUCAGCACAUUCGGUGAAGUCAUCAUGGUCCAGGUAAAAAAAGAUACCAAGACUGGACAUUCAAAAGGUUUUGGCUUCGUCAGAUUUACAGAAUAUGAAACACAAGUGAAAGUAAUGUCUCAGCGUCAUAUGAUUGAUGGUCGAUGGUGUGACUGCAAAUUGCCAAACUCAAAGCAGAGUCCUGAUGAACCCAUGCGGAGCCGGAAGGUGUUCGUUGGACGUUGCACAGAGGAUAUGAGUGCCGAUGAGCUGCGUCAGUUCUUUACCCAGUAUGGUGAAGUGGUGGAUGUCUUUAUUCCCAAGCCCUUCAGAGCAUUUGCGUUUGUUACAUUUGCUGAUGAUCAGGUUGCUCAAUCACUUUGUGGAGAAGACUUGAUAAUUAAAGGAGUCAGCGUACAUGUAUCUACCGCAGAACCCAAGCACAACAGUAAUAGGCAGCUAGAGAGAGGCGGAGGAAGAUUUCCUGGGCCAGGAUUUGGCAAUCAGGGCUACCCCAGUGCAAGGCCCAGUGGUGGACCCCUUGGAAAUAACCAAGGUGGAAACAUGGGUGGGGGUGGUGGGAUGAAUUUUGGGGCAUUUAGCAUUAACCCAGCAAUGAUGGCAGCUGCCCAAGCAGCUCUGCAGAGUAGCUGGGGGAUGAUGGGGAUGUUGGCCAGUCAGCAGAACCAAUCUGGUCCUCCAGGUAGUGGGCAGGGCCAAGGCAAUCAGCAAAGAGAACAACCACAGAGCUUUGGUGGGUCUGCAAACAAUUCAUACGGAUCAAAUUCAGGUGCAAUUGGUUGGGGUUCUCCUAAUGCUGGGUCCGGCAGUGGGUUUAAUGGUGGGUUUAGUUCGAGUAUGGAAUCCAAAUCUUCUGGUUGGGGCAUGUAGAGAUUAAGAGGUGCUAAAAUGUAUUGUAUGACUGGUAAACAUUUCCCAAUGUCAUGGUAAGUAUAUUGUAAAAUGCAUUUACAGAACCUUUCCUUUUGGUUUUCUAUUUGAAAGGGUUUUUUUUUAGCAUGCAGUGUUCAGCUGGGUGUCCUGGAAGAUGUUUCUUUUUGUAAUUAUUUGGAAUCCUGAUUAUAAGUUUUGUAUUUAGUGUUUGAAACCUCUCAUUGACUGAACUCUGCAUGUUGAAGGAAACCACUAACCAUAAGCUGACAUUACCCAAUGUUUUACAUAAGCCCUCGUUUUUGUUUUUUUUUACAUCUCUUUAAUCAAUGUAAAUGGCAUCCCAGGUUUUGUUUAGGACAGUCUUCCUUUCCUCAAUGUGUUCAUUGCUUCAACUGAUAUCUCUGCUCCUCACCAUGUCUCUCUGGAAAAUGCACUUAAGUGGUGCUGUUAGUGUCCUGCCCUGGAUCACUUUUACCUACAUGCUUUUCCAUCAAGACGUCUUCAAGCUGCACACGAUGAGUCUUAAGACGGUGGGUGAUCCAUUUUUAUCCGCUACUUUAUUUGAUGGAAGUCGUACCAGCGCUUUGAACGCACGGCUGUGAGGUGGAACCAGAAAGCUGUUUGAACUGUGGGAUUGGUGUUUCCAAGGAAUGAGAGGCUUGCGAAUGAGCGAGAAAACGAGCGCGUGCAGAGACCUGGUGGUGCAUUAUGGAUAUUUUUUAAAAAUUUGGCGAGAUGUGUCUCUCAAUCCAGUGGCAAUGGUGAGAGUGUUAAGAGAGCAGUGGGAGCAAGUAACGUACGAAUGUUUCUUGCAUUCAAAAGACUUUGGUUCAUUUGGAAGACUGAGGCUUUUCUGCCUAAAGCAAUUGAAUUGUUUGAAACUAGUUUUUGAAACAUCUUUUCCCUCUCCUUGAAAUGUAUACUGCUGUGAAUGCUGUAUGAUGUGUGCAUUUUUUUCUGUUAUUGAAAUGUGAGUCAAUGUGAAACCGCAUUUGAUGGGGGUGGGUGGUGAGCACGCUUUAGAGUGAUUUUGAAACUCUCCUGUUUCCCAAGAGUGUUGGGGAUGUUUUGGUCUGUAAGUAACUACAAGAAUGCUGUUUGCUGCAGUCAUGUGUUCUGUGUUUGGAUGCUUUUUACAAGACUUGUCAAUGUAGGAUAUUCUUAAAUAAAACAAUUUAAUGAAA